AUGCCACCCAAGAAUCGUGAGUCGAAACCUCUACUUCUUGAGAACCAGACCCACAAGCGUCGAGAUCGUGCGCAAGAGCUACGCUCCGCGAGAAGGCAGGGCGUCUUGGCAAAGCGACGCGUAGCAGGCGGUGCCUCUGCCCAGGGGCAGCAGGAGGAGCCAUGGUCGAGAGAGCGCUUGGAGUCAGCCAUCCGGGGCGUCAGGGAACGCCCCGUGUCUCAGGUUUUGCCGUUUCUUGUGGAGCUGCGGAAGCUGCUGUCGCUGGAGGAUCCUCCAGUUGAGGAGGUGGUCGAAGGCGGGGGGCUGGCGCCGAGGCUGAUUGAGCUCCUCUCAACGCCUCACGACGAGGUUCAGCUAGAGACCACGUGGUGUCUAACAAACAUUGCCAGCAGCUACAGCCGGCAUACUCGGACAAUCGUCGGUGCCACGCCGCAGCUCAUCAGCUUUUUGUCGGCGCCCAACCCGGCUCUUCAAGAGCAGGCGCUGUGGGCGCUCGGCAACAUCGCGGGCGACAGCGACGACUUCAGGAGGAUGCUUCGGGCGAACGGGGCGCUGCUGCCCAUGUUCCGACUGCUGCAGAAUCCACCGCUGAUCGAGAUUGCACGAACAGCGGCGUGGGCGAUAUCCAACCUCGCACGCGGAGACGAGACUCCCGGCGAGCCCUUCGUGCAGGCGGCGCCAACAUUUGUGGCGUCCCUCAGGGGCGGCGUCCGAUUCUCUGCCGCAGCAGCGGCGGCGGCGGCAGCGGCGGCGGCGGGGGCGGGAACGGGAGCUGGUGCACCGCCGUUUGUGCCUCCUCGGGAUGAAGCCCUCCGGGUGGAGGCGGCGUGGAUCCUGGCGUUUUUGACCGCCAAGGAGGAGGAGACGGUGACAGAGUUGGUUCGAGUCGGCAUGGUGACCGCUCUCGUUGAGGCGCUCGUAGACAGCGGGGGUCAGGACCCUCUCUGCACGCCGGCGUUACGUACCCUGGGAAACAUGGUCAGCGGCAAGGAGGAGUGGGCGGAUGCGGUCAUGCUGCACAACGAGUUCCUACCUUGUUUGGACGCGGUGCUUAAGAGCCAGGACCGGUCGCGGAGAGUUCUUGUAAAGGAGGCCGCCUGGGUGGCAUCAAAUGUCGCGGCGGGGCGGCGAGAGCACCGGGAGGCGCUGGUAGCUCAGGGCUCGCCGGCGGCUUUGACUCUGCUCUUGCUUUCGGACCAGCUGGACCUCCAGCAGGAGGCGGCACACGGGAUCUGGAACAUCGUGGCGCACGACUCGGAGCUGCUACUGCAGGCGGCGAAGGACGACAGAGUGAUGGGCGCGUACGUUGCGCUGGUGCGCGCGCAGUCGCCACCGGUAGUUAGGUGUGCGCUUUCGUUUCUGCAAUUGGUGUGCCAGAACGUUCCCGGUGGUCCUCGGAUGGUGGAAUCAGCCGGUGGCUUGGAGGCCAUCGACGACGUGCACUACUCCGGACAGGCUGAUCCAGAGCUUCAAGAAGCCGCCGGGGCGAUCGUCGACAGGUUCUUCGGAGAUGACGGCUACGAGUCUUCGGACGAAGGGGGAGACGAGGAAACGGACACUGAAACCGUCGUCGGUGGCGGCGACGGUUUCGGCUUCAACUUCGGCGGCAGCGGCGAUACCUCGCAAAAUGGUGCCAGAGGCCCUCCCGGACAGCAGCAGCAGCAACAACAACCGUUGGCACCGUUAGGAAGAGGUGCCCACUUGACGAGACCAUCAUGGAUGAACCAAAACCCAUCUUAA